AUGGCCGUGCCGCCUCCGGCCAUGGCCGUGCCGCUCCCGGCCGCACCCGGCCGCCCUCGCCUCACCCUCGCCCCGGCCCCGGCCGCUCUCGCCUCGCUCCGCUCCCGACCGCGCCGCCCUCGCUCCGCCUCGGCCAUGGCCGCGCCGCUCCGGCCGCUCUCGCCUCGCCCGGCCCGGCCCGGCCGCGCGCCCCGGGCGCCCUCGCCCCGCUCCCGACCGCUCCGCCUCGCUCCGCUUCGGCCAUGGCUGCGCCGUCCUCGGCCCGCCUCGCUCCGGCCAGCCCCGCCCGCUCCGGCCAGACCUGCUCUGAGGCACCAACGCCAGGCCAGCCGUGUAUCCUACAUCAUGCUGGCCUGA